GAGUCCGGCUGACUUAAGAGACUUCCAGCAAACCUGCGACUAACAUAAACCCCCGACUGAACCUGACUUCGCAACAGGCCCCCCCCCGAGACUCGCUACGUGCACUGGUUGAGUCCUCACGAGAUUUCUGAAGGGCCCGCUCGAGGUCAGAUUCCCUCCAGGCUGAAGAGCGGCAGGUCACUAAGAGGAAGAAAGUCACAUCGCCAAACACCUGAGGGCACUGAACUCUGCCAUAGGGUGUAAAGAUGCAGCAGAGACGCCUUUUCGCCCAAAGGAAAGCAGCAGCAGCACUGUGCAUUGUGCUGUUAAUGCUGGCUCAGCAGGUGCGUGCAGGUCCGUUGGCCUCCCAGGUGCAGUCCGGCUCUGACCAGAGUGCAGAUUCGAGGGGGGAACCCAGCAUCCACAGACUGAGGAGGGUAGCUCGGAUGACCCCGCUGUGGAGAGUCAUGAACAGUAAACCAUUCGGAGCUCACUGCCAAGACAACUUUGAAUGCUCCACAGGACUCUGCAGGGCGGGACACUGCUCCAUCAUCCGCCGCUCCCCCUCGGAGCCCGUCCACUACUAGACGUCCUUGGACGCAACCAGCGUGUUUACAUGAGUGCACAGCCGUAAUCCUUGCGAGGGGUUCCGAUGACUGGGAUAUAAAACUUAUCCAGGGUUUUCUAUUUAUAUGUGCCAAUAUGUUUCUGAUGAUAUCUAAAUGUUUAUAUGGAUUUACACAGCGGUUAGUUAUGUCCAAGAAAAAGCACGUCACGGGGGAAGUUCACUGCUCCACCUGAUUCAUUUUAAAAGGCGAAAACGAGAAAUAUCACUUGAAUACAAGAUAUUAGGAGGUGGACUGAGGCAAUGGGUAAAGUGCAAAAAUGUAAGAAGGGAGUCAUUUAGCCUUUAUACUUGAUAUUUUCCAUGAUAGGAAAUGAUAUGAUCAGUGAGGAAGGUUUUUUAACAAAGGUGCAAACAACUAAGAAAAACUUGUAUUUCUACAGCUAUGGACCAAAAAUCUUUCAGCCCUGAUCUCAGAGCUCUGUCCUGCCGGUUACCGCAGCCUUGAACUUGCCUCCAGAAACGAUAUAAUUAGGUCUGAUGUCUGCGUAGCUUAUCAACAGGGUUUUUUUUUAAUGUCGACAGCCCGUUUUUUUCACUGGUACCUUAUGACGAUAUCAUGAUGUGACGAUGUUUCAGAAACUAUUAUUAACGCAAUUUAAAAAUUCUAGCAGUGCAAAAUUUUGAGGCGCAAAGCUGUCUCCAGACACGGAGAGCCCUUGACCUCUAAAAUUUUCCCGGGUUGCAUCAUAAAUGUCGUGUCGUGCUCGAUAAGUUAUCGCUUGGCUGCGUGCCGAGAAAAGUCGUAUCAUUCCACUGAUAAUGUGCUGCUUGGAAACACACACACGCUUCCCUUUUUACCAAGAGGAACCGUUCGGUUUAGUUUGCUAAUGUACUGUCAGAGAGAUGUAAUCCUGGUUUGCUGUUACAGCACUUUGCCAGGCUGGUUAUAAUUUUUCUUUGCAAAUUCUGGCAUCCACUUAACAUAAGAAUUAAAAAAAAAAAAUACACAUAUUUGACAAUCAGGUACCUAAAUUGUGGCUUAAAUCAACAUCUACUGGUAACCAGCAGGAACAUUAACAACGCUGUAAAGACAGAUUUUCACAAUAGACCAGUAGUUUCACAUAUUAGUCACAGAGCAAAUCAAUUAAAGCGCUUGACAACAAGGCUAAAUAAAAAAAAGAAAAAAAAAAAGAAGCAAAUGACGUGGAGCUGGCCUUUAGCCUCUGAACACACCAGCAGUUCGGGAAUGCAGAGCACACGGUGUGUUUUGUAUUCCAGAAAUUUCAGUAACGGCUGAGUCAUUGGUAUUAAUCAACAAGCUUUACAAACCCCCCGACAGACCGGCUUCGGCCAAAAGGAAAAUGUACCCGUUUUCCCCUUUAACAAAGCAGCCCAACACAAUUUAAACUGUAAGAUCAGACGCUUGAUGCAUCGGGGUCACAGUCGACUGUCAGAGGCAUCAAAAGCUUUCUAGAGAGGAAGAAGAAAGU